AGCUGCACACCCUCUGGCAGAACGAGGAGCGGGCCGCCAUCUCCUCCGGGAAGAUGAACGAGAUCUGGCACCGCCGGCACGACUUCUGGCUGCUGGCGGGAAUAGUGAUACACGGAUACGCCCGGUGGCAGGACAUCCAGAACGACCCCCAGUUUGCCAUCGUCAACGAGCCCUUCAAGUCGCAAGCCAACAAAGGAAACUUCCUGGAGAUGAAAAAUAAAUUUCUGGCCCGACGCUUCAAGCUUUUGGAGCAGGCGCUGGUCAUAGAGGAGCAGCUCCGGAGGGCGGCCUACCUGAACAUGACCCAGGACCCCAGCCACCCCGCCAUGGCGCUCAACGCGCGCUUCGCCGAGGUGGAGUGCCUGGCGGAGUCGCACCAGCACCUCAGCAAGGAAUCGCUGGCCGGAAACAAGCCGGCUAACGCCGUCCUGCACAAAGUGCUGAACCAGCUGGAGGAGCUGCUGAGCGACAUGAAGGCGGACGUGACCCGGCUGCCGGCCACGCUCUCGCGGAACUACGGCGCCCCCUUCAGCCCCGCCCCCCCGGGCGCCCUGCACAUGGGAGGGGCCAACUACAGCCAGAUGCCGCCCGGAUCCUUCAUAUCAGUGCUGAACGGGCCCCCCAUGUCUGUAAAGAAGGAGCGGGAGGCCGAGCUGCUGGCCAGCAGGCGGGAGCAGCGCAGCGGGGAGGUCAUCUGCAUCGACGAC